UCGCGGCCUUCUUCAGCAGUUCACGAACCGACGCGAGUGCGUGAGUGCAGCUAUGGGUCUCAGCGCCAGAAGAAAGAGUUAUAAAACCCGGAUCUUUUCGGAUAUUGCGACUGACAUCUAACCGAUCACCAUGGAGAUCUUAACGCGGAUGUAAAUAAAAGCGAACGUUGAUCUUUAAAGUCGGAUGAUUUUGUAACGUUCUUUCUGUAACGCAGCGUUGACAUAACUUCAAACGUCAUCUAGAGCCGUGGAUCUGUUGUUGUUCCACUAACUGCCCCCUGCAGCAGCGCCCGUGGGUGAUGUUGUCCGUGCUGUCGUACGGUAGACUGGUGGCCCGGGCGGUCAUCGGUGGACUCUCUCAAACCGACAGCCGCGAUUAUAGUCUGGUGUCCGCCAGCUUCGGCUUCGGAAAGGAUUUUCGGAAGGGGAUUUUGAAGAAAGGGAUGUGUUAUGGAGACGACGCGUGUUUUAUCGCGCGACACAGGUCUGCCGAUGUGUUAGGUGUGGCUGAUGGAGUGGGGGGCUGGCGGGAUUACGGGGUGGACCCUUCUCAGUUCUCUGGGACCCUCAUGAGGACGUGUGAACGAUUGGUUAAAGAAGGACGAUUUGUGCCGAGCAACCCGGUGGGAAUCCUCACCACCAGCUACUAUGAGUUACUUCAGAACAAAGUACCACUGUUAGGAAGCAGUACGGCGUGUAUCGUAGUGCUGGACAGACAGAGUCAUCAGCUGCACACAGCCAAUCUGGGCGACUCUGGUUUUCUGGUGGUCAGAGGAGGAGAAGUGGUCCACCGGUCCGAUGAGCAGCAGCAUUACUUCAACACACCGUUCCAGCUGUCCAUCGCCCCGCCGGAGGCAGAGGGCUCUGUCCUCAGUGACAGCCCUGACGCAGCUGAUAGCUCUUCGUUUGACGUCCAGUUGGGUGACAUCAUCCUCACGGCUACAGACGGCCUGUUUGACAACAUGCCAGAUUACAUGAUUUUACAGGAACUCAAAAAGCUCAAGAAUGCCAACUAUGAAAGCAUCCAGCAAACUGCCAAGAGUAUUGCUGAACAGGCCCAUGUUCUGGCAUAUGACCCCAAUUACAUGUCUCCUUUUGCACAGUUUGCCUGUGAUAACGGACUGAAUGUCAGGGGAGGAAAGCCAGAUGACAUCACCGUUCUGCUGUCAAUUGUGGCGGAGUACACAGACUGACACUCACAAGGGCCGCAGAAAGCUUCUCUUGUCGUCUUCCUCGCCGAAGUCACUGGGCGGGCGGCUGUUUCCUGCUGGCAGGAUUGAUGUACUGUCUCCGAUAGAGCCCAUCUAUUGGUUGGGCACUUCUACCGGUGUCGUCUACUUUUGUCAGCAGGCUCAUGACAAAGUAAAAGUCCACCUUCCUCAUCUUGAUAAAGACUGCUGUAGCCACUUCUGUGUUUGUCACUUCUGAGGAGCUACUGAUGUUGAGCUUGAUAAGGGCUGCAUUAAAUGUUUGAGGCUGAAAAGGUCAUGAAGCUGAAGAUUGAGAAAGAAUGAGGUCCAUCCAUUGGGGAAGGAAAGCGAACCAGAGAGGAAUGACAAUCUGAUAUAAAUCCCAAAAAGUUUCCACAUCAGGAAGAAACAUUACUUUGGCAGUGUGAUGUUAAUUUUAGAUAAGUUUUUUCUGGGGAGUCGGAGUGUAUAUUUUUUACAAAAGGUCAAGGGAGAUACUCUCUGUCUCUUGUGAUUUUGCUAGUUUACUUUCCAUUAAAAAAUACACCUGAUCCACAUGUUAUAGAAGGACAUCUGCUAUGGGCCGGGAUACCACCGGAGAUCACUAGGCACAAUUAAUAACAAAUAAUUCUUCACUAGUUUAUUAACUGUUUGUAUUUUGUAGAGUUUCAAUUAUCGCCAUUUGCUGUACUGGAUCGAUUUGAACGUUUAGCAACCAAAAAUUAUCACCGUUAGAUCAACCAUAGAAAUGCCUUCUAUGAUGAAAUAAGCUUUUGGAGCUGUAAGAGAACAAGUUGUCAUGAUCGUAUAGAUGUGUUGUUGGAUUGAAUGAUACUGGCACACAAACUGCUCAACAAAAUAUACUUCUAGUUCAUCUGUGCUAUUAAUAAUAAAACAGUAUAAUGUCCCCCUUUUAGUUUCGCAGCAGUUAUAGCAGCGCAAGAGACUGCAAGGGAUUGUGGGAUGUGCUUAUAGGAAAGAACAGUCCCACUUAAACCACUUUUAAGAGCUUUACAUUUUGUGGCGUGUGUGUGAAAGUGAGAGCAACGUUUAUGAGCUGUAGAUAUUUGGGAAAGCGGCUGUAUAUUUAUUCUUGACAUGCAUUUGAAAAGUGUAGGCCAUUGGACAUCAGAUUUACAUGAGAAUAUAUUUGAUAAUUGUGUGGAUUAUGUGUUUAAAAGUUAUCGUUUUUGUAAACUUUAAUUUUAAAUACCACUCGAAACGUUUACGCACAAGGCUAAUGCUAGAAUCUGUGAAUGCAUGGGUAUGUGAUGGAUCACAUGAUCUAAUAAAAGUAUAUUUUUAUAACA